CGGAGAGGAGUCAAGCAUAGCCACGUGACUCGGUGCAGCUAUCAAUCUCAAAUCUGUCCACCUAUAUAUCCAGGUCACUCAUCAGCAUACACCUCUUCACGCUCCAGCAGAGCAAACAAGGCAGCACCGGCCCGGAAGCCGCACGGCACUUCCCCCACCCGUGGCCACCAUGGACAUGCAAUGCAAUGCAUGCAUUGUUUGACUGACGGCCGGACCGGAUGUGGGCAUUUUAAACCGACAUUCCCAACCCAACUACCCGCCCCACCGACUCGACUGAAGGAUGGAUGCAUGGCAAUCAAUCGUACUUACUUUGCCGGACAAACGGCAUACAUCCCCAUCCCAGCCACCCAUCAACCUUGAUGUCCAGCAACUAAAUGCACCCUAGCUUGCUGUGUCCACACAAACAUCGGUUGCAUCAUCCCCCGUUGAUGAGUGCCUGUGAGACAGCUGCUGCACUGGCGCUUUUGUCGGCACUCUGCUGGCGCAAUUUUCGUGCCUUUGCCAGCAGUUCCUGCAAAGAACACGACAAACGGCACCGUUUGUACACAACUGACUGAACCAUCGAGUGGGUGCUGCGUGCCCGUCUGGCUAACAUGUUCACUAGCUCAGCUGGCUGCCCAGCGCACCGCCCCACUCACUCACUGGCUGAUUGAUGCAUUCAUUCAUUGAUUGCCCCAGUAUGUAUGUACAUCCCCUAGGUGCACCCACCCCCUCUACUUACCCGUGCAUGUGCUAUGUGGUUGAGUGAUGCAGUCUGCUCCGCCAGCUGCUGCACGAUGACGAGCACGUCCACAGCGUCGUCCGGCCGCCCCACCUCGAUGAGUGCGCGGGCGUACUCGGUGCGCAGCUCAUACUCCUGCAGCAGACGCGCCCGCUGACGAGAGUCCUCACGGGGGCUCGUGUGCUCGCUCGAGGGCUGGGACCGGGGAGGCAGCAGCUCAAGGAUCCUCUCAUAGUAUUCUAGGCUGGCACUGAACUGCAUCAAAGAAAAGUGGCCCUGGGCCGCCAUACUAGCAAGGAAGGAAGGAGCACACACAAGCACACGUCGCGAAUAAGUCAAACAGGAUGGAUCGAUGUAUUGCGAACGCCUGGCAUGUUUUGUCUGCCUGCUCUCGUACGCACCGCAGCAUUCGUCUGUGUGUUUUGUGUCUUGAGGUGGCAGCUUCCUUGAUGACCUGCAGGGCCCUGUCGUAAUUCUUGACCUGCACAAACAUGGUAUCAGAUAUCCAGUUGGCCAGGCUGGUGACAAGACGUUUCGGGAUACUGGCUGACCUUCCACAAACAGGUGGUCAGCUGGUACUCCACAUCAGGCAAGUCCUGCAGUGAAGUGAGCACAAAAGGGGAAAAGGUCCUGCAGCCAUCAACACACACACACACACACACACACGCAGAGUUCAUGUAUGUUCCACUUUUCCUCCCUCCUUUCCUUCUGCUCCUUUCCUGCUCGGCUCGGCUGCCCUUUUACCGACCGACCUUGAAAUGAGGUCGAACAUGUGAAUGGCCCAUGCGGGGCUCCCAUCCUCCACCGCUGCUGCCUGGGCCUGCAUUGUUUGUGCCACCCUCCCACCGCCGCCGCCACCACUACCACUACUCUCACCCACACUGACUCCUGUCUGUGUGGGUGGCACAGGGGGCGGGCUGCUUGCCGUCGCCUGGGGGUGCUGUUGGUGCUUUGGGCCGUGGAAGAUGACCACCUGUAGGGCCAGACACACUUGGCGCAGCUGCGGGGCUGGCAGCUCCUUAAGGCUGGCCUCCACUGACGCCGCCAGAUCGACAGAGGUCUCGCUUCGCGACUUGCUCUCGAUGUCGCGGAGGGCCAUGGCCACCAGCAUCUGCCCCAGGAGCAGCGAGAGGGCAGGGGCGUGCGGCAGCAGACGGUGGUCAUGCAAAGCCGAUAUACGACUUCCCUACCGAAACAGACAGACAGAUAGGGCGGCCAACACUGGGUCCAUCCAUUGAUUUAUUUGCGUAUGUGUGAGUGUGUCUGACGUACGUACGUACCUGUGCCAUUCCGGUGAUGAGUUUGGGUAGUUCGUGGUGCAGCCAGGCGUGGUCCAGCAUAUCCACGCCACCCAACGCGUCAAUGCGGCAUCGCAGCCACCGAGACACACACAGAUCCCUUGGGCAACCAACCAAGUGACACAACACCCACACAAACACCAGACAAGGAAAGACAACAUCUCCUUGCUUGGCCGUCGGUCGUCUGUGUGCACGUCUGUCUGUGACUAUGUUAAUCAUUCUUACUUCUGAUAUCCAUUGAGGAGUAUUGCUGUUUCGAAUUCAGGGUCCCAGUAUUCGUCGCUCAUCCCGCCGCAGUACAUGGCCCACGCCAGCUCCGAACACAACACACCUCUGUCCUCCUCUACACAUACAUUCGUACAACACACACAUGUUGGCAGAGACACACACACCAUACCACAGGAGGUGGGUGAGUGACACACGUGCCUGUCCGUUCGGUUGUCCGUCCGUCCGUCCGUCCCACGCGUGUAUCUACCUACCUUUGAUAUGGUCUUUGGCUUGGUCCAUCAUGUUGAUGGCGAGUGGCCAGUUCUCGAGUGCAGCAUAGCAUCGGCCGACUUCAAAUUGCAGGUAUCCGGGGCUUGGGCGCCCCUCCUUGAUGCUCUGCCAGAGGGGCUGCAGGCUCUUACGGACACUCUUGUCAAACUCAAACGCCUCAGAGGCCCACGGCAACGCCUUAUCGGGCUGUCCCAACUCACGCAGCAAACGACACGCAUUGUACCUGCACCAUUGACACACCGUAACAUACCACACACACACAGGAGAGAAGAGAAAGCAUGCGCAGAUAUCUCCCUCCCUCCCUCCCUUCCCCCCUCCGUGUCUCUGCAUCCAUGGCCAGCUGCCCUCGGCCUGCAGGUGUGACUGGCUGACUGGCUGUCUGGCUAGCUGGCUGUCUGAGUGCUUGAGUAGCGUGGCGUGCUUGAGUGCGUCCCCCCCUCCCUGCCUACCUGGCUUCUCGCAGGUUGAGGAGUGACAGUUCUUCCCCGUCUUCCUUCCACACGUCGGGCCCUGGCCAUGCCUCGCCUUUACGAACCGAAUUGCGCUCCCAUAUGGCACGGCUGUGACUGUCAUCCUGACACACACACACACACACACACACGAGACCCAGACAGCCAGGCAUGCAAGGAAUCAAUGAUCCCGACCGACCGACUGACCAACGACGGUAACUAAAGUCUGGGCGUACCUGUAGGAAUUUCAUGAUCCAGAAGAGAGCCGAUGUGUCGUCGGAAAGGGGGUCGAUGAUCAGGCAGGCCUCUUUGCCGGUGGCCACCGCUGUCCCCACCCCCCCAUCCCUCUGGGCACCACCCCCCGGGGUUGGCUGUCUUGCCUGUUUCUUGUCCUUCUUCUUCUUAUCUUUGUCCCACCCCUUGGUGAUGUUGAGGCGCCAGUAUGCCUUGGCGAUGUCGUAUGUGACACAGCAGAAGGUGAUGUCGUGCUUGGCCACCUUGAGGAGGUAAUCGAGCGCCUCCAACUCCUGACCACGGUCCAGUAGCAUACGACCCAACCACAGGGUCAUCUGAGGGAGAUAGAUACCACAACCAGGGAGGGAGGGACCGGGGGAGGAAGACAUGCAACAGACAAACGAGCCAGACAAACGAAUGCAUGCAUGUAUGUAUGGCUGCCUGUGUGUCGUGUUUGCUCCCUCCCUCCCUCCCUGUCUGUCUGACCUCGAGUGAUGGGUAGAGGAAGUAUGUGUCGCCUCCAAGGGGAGGGGUGUCCUUGUGCUUGACCUCCCUCUCGUCCCCACUAGUUUCAGGGGGCCUCUGCUCCUCACCCACCGCCAUCAUGUGGGAGACAUCAUGCUGCAGGAUAGCCUUGGCCGCCUCUCCGUUGCCAUUGCCAUUGGGGAGGGCCUGCAUGUCGGACCCCACUGUGAUGGAUAGGCCGGCAGGGAUGCAUGACGGGCGGCCCAAAGACAGGGGGUCCAGCUCGCUCUCAUCCUCAUUCGUCAGGCCCACCCUCUCGGAAUCCCCCUGGUCGCGGCGGCCGGCAUCCGUCCCUCUCCCCCGGCCUCGGCCGCCCCUCAGCGUGCGGCGAAGCCCCGCCAGCACGCCGCUGUCAUCGGCUGGUGGCUGCUCCCGCCCACUGCUGCCACUUGACACAGGCGGGGAGCGGUAAUGGGAGGGCGAGUCGAGUGAUGGGGGUGUCAAGUGGGGCCCUAGCUGUGGCAAAGACGGCGGCACACCGCUGCUGCCCAUGCUGCUGGGUGGCUCGGAUGCAGGCGGGGCACGAGACGACUCCUCGCUGACUGCAGAUGGGGCGGCCAGUGUGGGUGGGGCCGUCAGCUGCUGUUGGCCAGAUGCCGUGGUUGCGCUAUCGGGGAGUGGGUGUCUAUUGACGUAUGCCUUGAGUGCCUCGAUGGCUCUGUCCUCCAUCUGGUGCACCUUCUUGGUCGCCACAAACUUGCGCUGAAACUUGGGGUCCCGCAUGAGGGAUGAGGCCAGCAGCAGCACCUUGCAGUGCUCACGCUCCGCCUGCUCCGUGUUGAGCACGUCCAGGGCCCCCCACCAACCGCCCAAAGCCAGGGGCGGCUCACUUGACACCAGCGACUGAAUGAACCAACGUCAGUCGCAACAAACACAUAUACAGAAUGCAUCCCAUAUAUCCACAUACGUGACAGACAGACAGAGGGACGCUUCGCUUUGUGUGAGGUGCGGUGCGUGCAUCGAACGCUCUCCAUUCAUGCUGGCUGGCAUAAGCGCAUGCAUAGAUAGGUGCGUAGUGUAUGUACGCACCUCGAGUAGCUUUUCGGCCCUUGAGUUUUCUCUGACGCAAAGGCAUGCCCUGGCGUAGCAGACCCGUAUGCGUGCGUUGGUCUUGUCGACCUUCAGACCCGUGUAGCCUGCAUUCAUGGCCUCACGAUAGUGCCUGACACACACAUACACAUACAUCCACACAUUGAGACUCACUCACUCCUCCUGCACUGUCGGUUUGUCAGUGUGCGUCCCGUCAGUCCGUCAGUCCGUGGGUACCUGACAGUCAUGAGUGCUUCGAUGAGGUUGGCGGUGAGCAUGGUCUCGAGGCUCUUUGGCAGCCCCCACUUCUUGGCUUUCAGCCCUUUACGGAACCAUUUGAUGGCGGCGUGGGGGUCGGGGGGCGACUUGGCUUGGCAUAACACACCAUAGUUCAAACAGAUGCUCGGACGCCAACCAGCCAGACUUGCCGCACGCUGACAGACAGACCAGACACAGAGGCAGGCAGGCAGGCAGGCAGGGAGGAAAAGAGCCACAAGGAGGCGUUGGUUGGCGUGUGCGUGAGUAUCGGUGAAUGUCCCUCCCUCCCACUCUCCUGCCCCCUUUGCUGACUUGCAUGUAUGGCAGUGCCUCGUAUGGCCCGUGUGUCAUCCGCACGGUGAUUGCGAGUUCCAUGAGUGCGUCCGGGAAGUCAGGCCGCACGUCGACUGCCUUGUGCAGGUCGUUGUAGGCCUCAUCGUACCGCCCCUCACGCAAGGACAGCAGACCCAGGUACAGAAGCGCACGGUGGUUCCGCGGGUUGGCCUCAAGCGUCUCCUGUGACAAACGAUGAUGAUCACACACACAGGCAGGCAGACGCAGCCAUGAAUGGACAGAUGGAUAGAUGGAUCGACAGCCUUACUUAGGCCAUGCAGCCAUGCGUCCGUGCGCUUUGCUCACCAGCAGGUUUUGCUUGACAGCAGGGUAGUUGGCGAGGUGGUAGAGAUUGCGUAGCAGCCACAACUCCCACGCCACGAUGUCACGCACCUCAACCAUACCCAACCUGAGGCACACACGACACGCCGCAGGUAUGUGUGUGUCGUAUGGAUGGAUGUAUGUAUGGCUGGAUGCUUCUGCAAUCCCACCAAGAUCUGUCCCUCAUUUCCCUGGCGACAUCCCUGUUGAGAGGCGUCAUGUGAUGGGUCGCCCAGCACACCAGGUACAGAGGGAACUCCACGAACUGCAGCAGCAGCGCCAAUCCUCCCAGCGUCAAAGUCACCCCCCCGCCCCCGCCCACAAUCAGCUUGGGUUGCAGGGGCAGGUCGGGGCAUGCCUGUCCGCCCAGCAGCAGGAUAGCGUAGAACAUGAGGGUGAAGAACACACCCAUGGUGCCUGCAAACUGCUUGGCGGUGGGCGGGCUCAGGGCGGUCUCCACGGGCUGUGUGUGCAGGGCGGCGCGGCGAUUGAACUCGACGAAGUCCAGCCGGGCCAGUGUGGCGUACAGGUGAGAGUUGAGCAGCAGCUCCAUCGACUGGGAAGGGCUCAGCGCUGCACACACCAACACACAUAAAUUCACCGAGUCCAUCCAGUACAUCCCUCUGUCCUGUCCCUCCCCUCCCUACUUACCGAAUACGAGUAUGGGUGCGACCCUUGCACAGAAUGCCGAAAUGAAGACCAGGAGCCGCAUGAGUGUCCCGCCCGGCAGGAAGAGGUACAAGAGUCGCGGGUCGCCCGGCCGAUAAUCCCACAGCUGCGGCACGGCCAGCGUGAGCACCCCACCAAAUGCCAGCACCGGGGUGAGAAGGCAGCACCAGGCCCCCCCGAAGCCCACGAACCUCUCGACCACGGGCGUCCGCUUGCCGAGUAGGAAGUCCCAUCCCAGCAUUCGGUAAGACUCCCGUAUGAAGCAGAUGGACCAGAGGGAUGCCGCCACCCACACGCACAACCCGGCAGCGGGCAGGAGAGCCGCAGACAGCACCAACGUCACGGCCAACGCUGGCGUCUCCUUGGAACUCCUAAAUACACACACACACACACACACACACAGACCAGGCAGACAAUGAACUGAGCUCACUGUGGUGUAGGCGGUUGCUACAAAUGUGCCUCCUGUCUGGAUUGGAUUGCUGCCCCUGUCCUGUCCCGUCAUGCCUGGCUGCCUGCCCAUGGUGACUGACUGACUGACUGACCAUCUUGAGUGUGGGUAUGGGAGGUUUCCGUCCCAGUCCACAUGGACGCCGAGGAUCAGCAGCGCCACGCCCCAGGUCAGCCCCACCAGCGCCACGAACCCAUAGAGAACCGACCUGUCCCUCGACACGCCCAUGGCCGCCUCGGUCAGGUACAGCGGCAGCGCCAGCACACGCAGCAUGUGGCAGCUGUAGAGCGUGAAGACACCAACCACUCCCACACCAACCCAAGCCACAAACGCACUCACGAAGAACCCAUCCACUGUCCCGAACACCGGAGGGGCCAUCUUGUUGGGCACCGCAGAGCCUUCACCGUCAUCCAGCGCCGAGGGGGCCGCGACAGCCAUCAGCUUGGCCAGAUCAGCCGCCGGGUACGGGGAAGGCUGCUGCUGGCCUGCUGCUCUGGGGCUGCUGACAUGCACUGGGGCUGGCUGUGGGGAGCCUGUGCGUACGGUCAUGAAGGACUGCACCACGAUGCAGGCGAUGCCGAGUGCCAGCCACCCCAUGCAGCACGAUAGGGCAAAGUCCACGGCCCUGUCGUGUCGUCGUGACCCAUCCUGAAGCCGGGACACAAACGCUCCCAGGGGAUGUCUGUGAACAAUAACACCACACGGACCACACGACCCCGUGUGUGUUGGAAGGAAGGUAGGUACGUUUGUGAGGGAGUGAAAGAGUGACUGAGUGAGUGCGGUAUUGGAUGAUGCCUGCCUGACCUGGGCAGGUGUGCUGGCGGUGCGCUGAAGUACCGAUCGGGCUCCUCCAAGAACAUGUAACAGCGAGUCCUGACAGACACACACACAGACAGAUACGUGCAGACCAACCAACCAUGGUACCCAGCUGAGAGCACGUCAUGUCCGAAUUGCCUCCAUCCAUCCAUCCAUCCAUCCAUCCAUCCCCCCGUACUUGUAGAGCAGUUUCUUGCCAUAGAUGGCGCCCAGAAAGAAGGCCAGGACCAGCACAGCCGCCCGCACCACCCAUGCGCCGGUCUCUCCCAGCCAGUCCCUCAUGGCUGCAUCGUACGCACCACCCUCACUCCCUGCUGCGGCAUCACCCUCGGUCGCCCCAGCCGGCGUGUGUGUGUGCGGCACCAUGACUACCACACCGAUGGCGAAUGUGAGCAUCAGCAGGAGGGCGCUGCACCCCAAGAGGUCGACUGUCGUGCGCCAGCGGUCAGCGACGCGCCAUGACUGGAGACACCCGCAGCAUCCACUGCCUGAGUUGUUGCGUGGGACGGUGAGGUCAUGUAUGUGCUCUUCUGUCAGCCCAUCCUCCUCCUCCCUGUGGGUCUCCGGUGUGGUGGUCAACGCGACGGGCACACUCACAGCCGGUGCGGGCAGCUGGUGCCGGGUAGCCGUCGGGACGGACACAUAGCCGGCCGGUAUGGAUGACUCCGUGGUGCUGCGCCGACUGGCACCAUCGCGCUGUGGCGGGCCGUCGCCUGCACCUCCCGGCAGCAAGGGCGUAGAGAGAUCUUUGACAGACGAUGGAUGCAUUGAGCUCGUCAAGACGGCAACACAACAGAAGGUGCCUCAAUCAAUGCCUGAUGCGGAGGGGCAAACACACAUUCACUCAUCCACAGAGACUGGCGUCAUGCCUUUCUUGGAGCUUACAUGGAAGUUCCCCCAAUCGGUCUGCCUUCAUUCGGUAAGCAGCAUGCAGUGAAAGCUAUUCGUUACUGCACUCCCCAAGCAGAUCUGCC